AUGAUUAAUAAACUUCUUGUGCAGGCUGCGAUAAGCCUUAUGAUCCUUUGCUCCACGAACAAGUUAAAGAAUGAAAAACAAAUCCUCCGAACAGGGUAUGCUCUACUGAAGGGCGUUACAUGCACAACGCGCAAAAGAGCGUUUGCACAACCACUCAGCAGAUCUUUAAAAAAGAAAAAGUACAACACACGGGAAGCACACGCCACAAAUGAAAUUCUCAUUUUCGACUUGAGCAAAAAACUUAUAAAUUACAAACUCGCUUUUGAACUACAAAACUGGUUGCAUCGAUCCAAAAUUAAUUUAAAAAACGGAAAUAAAUUCUCCAUACAUCCCAACACACCCAAAUUGGUGAAAGAUAAAAUUAAGAGGUUUGAAAAAAAUCUUAAAAAAUAUGAUUUUUGCUUCAUUCUUCAGCACACUCCAUGCUACACCUUGGGCAGCUCAGCACACCUGGGUGACAUCCUACUCGAUAAAAGCAGUUACUACAUUGAGGAGUUAGGGGACAUAUACAACAACUUGGACGAAAGGAGCCUUUCCCAAUUUGUUAGCAAGCAGGAAUAUUUUAAGAACGAAAUAGACAAGAGCGAAAAUUAUGAUCAAGGGAAAAACUAUUUUGAUAGCUUUUCACAAAAUGCAAAUAAAAUGAUAAUGCCAAUAUAUCGUAUUAACAGAGGAGGGAAGGCAACGUACCAUGGACCAGGACAGCUAAUCAUAUACUUCAUAUUAGAUUUAAAAAGGUAUCCCUCUAAUUAUAGCGAAAGGAGUGUCUCCCAUUCGUCCCAACGUACGGAUGAUUACGAGGGAGAACAACGUACAAUGGAGGAACACAACGAGGAAACGAUUCCUCUCCGAUGUAACGCGCAACUCAACGCAAAGACAGAAAGUUCGUUUGAUCUACACAAAACAGUAAAUAACAUCCAACAAAUUGGAAUCGAAACUUUGGGAAAAUUUAAAAUAAAAGCGCACACAAAGGAAGAUUCCAUUGGCGUUUUUCACAAAGAUAAAAAGCUUAUUUCAAUCGGUAUGAAAAUAAGAAAAUACAUAUCUAUGCACGGAAUGGCUUUAAAUUUCAACCUUGACAAAAAUUUUCUGAAAUAUUUACUGUCCUGCGGCAUGAGUCACACUGACUACACCUCCAUGCAUGAGCUGGAUGAAAUAAAAAGUAGAGAGAAGACAAGAGUCAGCCGGAACCCCAAAGGAAAAAGCGAAAUGGAUGUCCGCGCAACGUUACUCAACGAAUUAGCAGUUAACUGCACACACUCGCUAGCAACCAUUUUUAAUGCCAACGUGAAGAUUUCGAGCGAUAUAGGAGACCUUUUUGCUUAA